AUGUCUAGGGAAUUGGUACUCUACCCAAAUGGGAAAGAGAAUAGUAAUGGGAGCGGUCACAUCUCUCUAUACUUGGCAAUAGCAGCUACCGAUGUUCUUCCACUUGGCUGCGGGGUUAACGUGAAUAUAAGAUUCUUUGUGUUUGAUCAGAUCCGAGACAAGUACCUGAGUAUUCAAGAUGCAAAUGGGAGAGUAACACGCUUGCAUAAAUUGAAGACUGAAUGGGGAUUCGCCCAAUUGCUUUCCCAUGAUACUUUCAAUGAUUCAUCAAAUGGUUAUCUUGUCGAUGACACUUGUGUCUUUGGGGUGGAGGUUUUCGUAAUUGAAGGUACUUGUAAAGGGGAGACUUUGUCAAUGAUAAAACAACCUCAACGUACUUAUUUCUCUUGGAGGAUUGACAACUAUACGGCAUUGGAAGAUGAAUUUUAUUUUUCUGAGCAAUUCAUUGUGGAAGGGCGAAGAUGGAAGUUGGGACUCGAUCUCAGUGAAGGAGAAACCGGAGCCGACACAUGCUUGUCUCCCUAUCUCAUUUUAGAUGAUUCAGAAAUUCUUUCUCCCAACAAAAAAUUGUACGCAAAGUUCAAGCUGCGAAUAAGGGACCAAAUUAAUAACAAUCAUCAUGAAAGGACGGGUGACUACUGGUUCUAUCAUCCCUUUCCCAACACCGAUUGCGGUUUUCCCGAGAUUUGGUCAAAGAGAGAUCUUCAGGACGUAUCAAAGGGCUACUUGGUGGGUGAUUGUUUGUUCAUUGAAUGCAAAAUUGAUGUCAUAUCCGUAGUUAAGGAUUUCUCCUCAAAUUAAUAUUACAUAUGCUUAAAUUGGAUAAAAUAUAAUGUCCCCUUAAAUUUUAUGAAUAAA